UUUUGAAAAACUACGUAAAGCACUUAAAGAGGACAUCUUCUUUAUGGUGUUCAAAAAUACGAAUAAAAUAAAGUUACGAUUAUUAAAAUUUAUUCUUGAUAGAGAAGGUGGCGAAUCCUCAAAAUUUAUCACUAAAUUUCGUAGACUUUGUCGUGAUGCUGAAAUUAAUUUACAAGAGCAAAAGAAUUAUCUUUAUUUAUCACUUGUUUUUGUUAAUGAUUUGUUUGAUUUGGAUGCUUUAUGGAAAAUUACAUUUACGAGCGGUAAAGAACUAGAUCCAUACAUCGAUACUACUAUAUAUUUACGACACAAUAAUUCUGGAAAUUUCCUUGGAAUUCCUAAUUAUAACCAAAAACUUCAAUUCGUCAGUAAUAAUUAUAAAUCUCCAGUAACUGAACACUUAGAAGUAAAUUGUGGCCUAUUUAAGUAUGGAAAUACUAUAUGGAAGUUGAAUAAUUGCGAUAGUAAAUUAGAAAAUUAUCAAGGAUAUUUGAAAUCGAAUGAUAUUAUUAAUCUUGGUAAUACUGAUUGUAAUAAUCAACAAGUAUUUUUACGUAGUCAUGAUUUUCAAUUUACUAUUAAUAACGAUACUUUUCAAGAAGUUGCAUGUCAUAAUGAAAGACUAGGUGGCAAUGAUGAGUGGAGCAUUGAACCUAUCAAGCAGUAUAAAUUAUAUAUGUUACUAACUACGAAAUUAAAUAUUAGAAUCUUCUUAGACAAAAUG